UUAUUCAUUUACAAGACCAUGAAAAUCGUUGAAACUAUCGUGAAUAACAAUACGUGUAACAAAUACGUCACUAUUGAAAAUACACUUUGCCUAAGAAAUUGACCGAAAUAAUAUGGCGGACCAAAAUAACAAGGGCGCUAAAAGAUUAUUUUCUAUAAUUGUAAUUAUUUGCAACUCAACAAUUAAUUGAAACAUUCAUAAUUGUUAUGUGCGAGUUUCAUUUCUUCUUAAAAAUAAUAUAUGGCAAAUCAAAAUGUCCUCGAUAAAAGUGAAUUUUGAGAUUGGGCACGAAGCUUCGUUAAGAUCAAAGAAAACGCCAGAAGGAUUCACUCAUGACUGGGAAGUGUUUGUGCGCGGGCAGGAAGGAGCUGAUAUAAGUCACUUUGUGGAAAAAGUAGUUUUUCAUCUUCACGAAACGUUUCCGAAGCCCAGGAGAGUUGUGAAGGAACCACCAUUUUCCAUCAAAGAAUCGGGAUAUGCAGGUUUUAUGUUCCCCAUAGAAAUAUAUUUGAAAAAUAAAGAUGAACCUAAGAAGAUAAAGUUUCAGUAUGAUUUUACAUUACAACAAAGUGGAUUUUUAAAGGACCGUUAUAUUUUUAAAAAUCCGAAUGAGGAGUUUAAAAAGAAACUAUUGAAAGGGGGUGGUAUUCCAUUGAAUAAUAAUGCAUAUUAUACAAACCCUGACCAAGAAAGCAGAAGUAGAGACUCAUUCAUAGAAGAAAAACAACUUGCCAACAUACCUAAGCUUUCUUCAGAAAAUGUUAAAAAACAAAAAAUCAAAGAGCAUAAAGAAGAAGUUCCAAUAAAGACAAGCAAUUUUGAAAAGUUAUUUGGCGCUCCCAUUCAAAAGCCUCCUAAAGUUUCACCUGAUCCCAAAAAGGCUGAAAAAAAUGUAUCUGCAAAAUCAGAUAAAAAAGAAAAAGAUAGAUCAAAUUCAGAAAAAAAAUCUAAACAUGAACAUAAAGAAGCUAAGGCAGAAAAACUCAAAAUCAAAGAAGAAAAAGAAAAAAUGCGUUCAGAGAAAAUGAAAAGCCAAAUGAAGGAGCAAGAAAAGUCCAAAGAAAAAGCAACAAAAAGGCCAAAUGAAAGGCCACCAUCACCUGAACCUCCUAAAAAACGUUGUGUAAGCCCAUUGAGAAGGGUACCGAGUCCUGCGCCACGCUCAAGCAGUUCAUCUAGCAACAAGGAAGAAUAUAAAAUUGCAAAACACAACUCUGAAAUUCCAGAGUCAAAGAAACCAAAAAUUGAAGAAAAAUCUGCUGAUAUCAAAUUAGAUAAGGAAAUAAAGGAAAAAAAGAAGAAGGAAAAGAAAAGUCAUGACAGAGAUAAGGAGAGAAAAGAGCACAAAAAAGAAAAUCACAAAUUAAAAGAAUCACCAAAAGAAAUUCCAAAAGAGAUGCCUAAAGUGAAGGAAAUUUCAAAAGAAAAAGAACACAUGAAAGAGUCUCCUGUAAUGAAAGAAAAACUGCCAAAAGUUGAAAAACCUAUAAAUAAAUUCUCAAUCGAAAAUUUAAGGAAAACUCCUCCACCUGAUAAUGAAGAUCGUUCAGAUGGUGUAAAACAUAAAGAAAAAGGUGAGUCAGAGAAAAAGCAUAAGCAUAAGAAAAAAGACAAAAAACGUGAUGAAUCCAGAGAGAAACACAAAGAAUCCAGUAAAGAAAAGAAACAUAAAUAUGACAAAGUAAGAGAGCCAGUUACUGAGAAACCUGAAGUAAUUGAACGCAGAGAGACACCUGUACCCAAAGAAAGAUGUAUACCAGAACCUGCAUCUCCAAUAUCUAUUGAUACUGCUUCUCAAUGCAGCUCUAAAAGUGGUCUGACUAAGCCUUCUCAUAUUGGCAAUGAUACUAUCAACAGCAGCCACUCAGAUUCAGAGAGUUCAGUAAUAGCUGAGGAAGAGGAACCUAAAGUUAAAAUAAAAAACCCUUCACCUGAACCAAUAAAACAUGAACCCUCUCCAGAACCAGUGCCUGAGCCUGAACCAGAACCAGAACCCGAACCAGAAGUGGAACCGGAGCCACAGCCUGUGGUGGAGCCACCACCCCAGCAAACAAAAGAAAAGUCUAAAAAACACAAAGACAAAUCAAAAAGGGAAGAAAAGAGAAGAAAAAGAAAAAUAUUUGAUGAAGAAGAACCAGAAAAUAGAAAAAAUUCAAACACAGGUGAAUCUGGGCCUUCAUAUAAUGGGGUUGAAAGAGGUGAAAGUAGUGGUUCCAUGUUUACUGAAACGAAAGUCCAAGACAAUGGUGUUUCAAGCAGUUUAGGAGAAGAUGCUGAGCCUGGAGAUCUCUCUCCUGAUUAUAUGGUAAGGCUACGUGAGCUACAGAAACGUAUCAUGAAGAUUAAGAACAAUGAAGAUCUCGAAAGGGUUGUGAAUUUAAUAGUGGAAACAGGCAGAUUUGAAGUGACAACUCAAACAUUUGACUUUGAUUUAUGUUUAUUGGACCGUUCAACAGUGCAGCAGCUAAUACAGCUAGUAGGAUGUUAAGCAUUUUAACUUUAAACAAAGUGAAUUUAUGUAAAUAGUGCCUCUACUGACAGUGUGCAUGGGGUUGUUGUACAGAUGACUGUUAUAAAUCUCAAUUUCAAACUGAGAGUAUACUUAGUGUUAAGGAAGAUAUGUCACACUCAGUUAAUCAGACAUGUGGUAGAAUAUGUUGGCAAAUGGUGACUAGUCACCGUUGACAUAGCCCUAUUAUGUAACUUUUUUGUGCAAUACUGUAUAGGUUUGUAAAGUUAUAAGACUGUUGAAAGAUUGUUAAACAUAAUGUAUAUUUUGUACAUUAUUAUAUAUUGAUUCAUUUUAAUGUAAGUUAAUGAACUUGAGAGUUUUUGCUAGACCUCUGGUGUCCUGCGGACUAUGAGAGGCUAUCUUUUAAUAUAAUAAUAAUUUGGUGUAAUAUCAAGUUUAACUUUGAAGUUUAGGAAGAAUAUGAACCUUAGUCUAUGUACAAUACAUAAUAUAACAGGAUUUUUAUUUUAUGCUCUUAAAAUGUCUGUAAUAACAAACGGUAUCAUAACUACAUAUUUUAAAUUUAAGUUAUUAUAACGUAAACAUCACCAUUUUAUUUACGCAUUUUGUUAAGCAUCAUUAAAAUGGUGCAUUUAAAUAAUAUAAGCCUUGACUUAAAAUUUUAGUUGUGGAUAUCUAACUAGUGAGUCUGUUGCAAUAAUUAUUAGUGUCCUCUAUUAGUUACAGAAGUCCAUAUAUACAAUCCUGCCGUUCACUAACUUGCAUGCCAGGCAGUGGUAAGCACAAGUUUGGUACCAGGUAUAACCAAGUUGUCCUGGUAUGUUGUAUGCUAGCACUAGGCUUUGAAUGAUAAGAUCAUAAGGUAUUUUACUUUCAAAAUUUUUCCUUAAGAUAGCAAGAAAACUAAUGUGUAUAAUUAUAACAUAAAAUAACUGUUAGGCCUUCUCUUCUGUCAGUGCCUGGCAUGUCUCCUAUAUUAGAUUUUUUGUAAUGUGUGCGUAAAUCACUGCACAUCAACAUUCAGUAUUUAGAAACUCUUAAUACAAUAAUUUUAAAAUUGUAAUUGGAUUUAAUUGAAAUAUUUUAGUGCUCAUUUUGGCUUAUUUUUGAUGCAUUGUAUUUGUUACAUAACUUAUUUUUUAUUUAUCUAGUAUUUUAGAAAUACACAUAAUAAAUAAAGAGUGUAUACAUA